AUGGGUCAUGAAACCCUAACUUCUCUCUUAAAAAAUCAGCGCUGUGCUUUCUCUCUAAAAGCUUCAUCUUUUUUCCUCCUCAAAUCUGGAGUAGCUUUACUUAUGAAACCUCGGAUAUGUGGUGGUGCGAUCGGUCAUCUUGGCCGCGUCACCAUCAAACCCCUUUUGAUGGGUUUCCUUUUACCAUGCCGGAGGCGAGUGGUUCGCGGCAGUGGUUUAUUUUUCGUCGGCGUUUACGUGGUUAUUUUCAAUUCUCCGCUACCGAAACUUCUGUCGUCUUUACCGAUGGAUCUACUUAACGACUGUGGUUUUGCCACACUCGCAUGUUUGUGUUUCUGGUGCAAGUUUGGCAUCUUAUCUUUUGAUCUUUGGAUUGUUUUCAGAUCUAUUGAGAUUUGCAUUUUUCGAGUUUUAAGGUUUGUCGUUCAUGAAUUAGACCUAGCUACUAUUUUCUCAAUUUGUUAUUUGGCGUAA